CAAAGGCUGGCUUCGCGGGUUGAUUCACUGUGAUAUUCCCAGGGUGCAGGACACUGCCUGGCACCAGGCAGACGCUCAGGCACGUUGGCUACGUGAAUGAAAGGUGAGCAGGAAAGGCAAUGCCAGGAGUCCACGGCGAGACUGGAGGAGGAGAACGGGAUCGUGCGGAACCUACGGGAAGAAUCCGAAAGUUCGUCCAGCAUGCUCUGCCCACCCCCCGCCGAGGCGCACUGACCAUGAGCCUCAACUCCUCCCUCAGCCACAGGAAGGAGCUGAGUAACCUCACUGAGGAGAUCGGUGGCCAAGGGGGCGUCGUCGUCACCGAGUUCAUCGCCAUCGUCGUCAUCACCAUUUUCGUCUGCCUGGGCAACCUGGUAAUCGUGGUCACCUUGUACAGGAAGUCCUACCUCCUCACCCUCAGCAACAAGUUCGUCUUCAGCCUGACCCUGUCCAACUUCCUGCUGUCCGUGCUGGUGCUGCCUUUCGUGGCGACCAGCUCCAUUCGGAGGGAAUGGAUCUUCGGUGUGGUCUGGUGCAACUUCUCAGCCCUCCUCUACCUGCUCAUCAGCUCGGCCAGCAUGCUCACCCUCGGGGUCAUCGCCGUCGACCGCUACUAUGCUGUCCUGUACCCCAUGGUGUACCCCAUGAAGAUCACAGGCAACCGAGCCGUGGUGGCGCUUGCCUACAUCUGGCUUCACUCCCUCAUCGGCUGCCUGCCACCUCUAUUUGGUUGGUCAUCGGUGGAGUUUGACGAGUUCAAGUGGAUGUGUGUGGCCGCGUGGCACCGGGAACCUGGCUAUACCGCCUUCUGGCAGAUCUGGUGUGCCCUGUUCCCCUUCCUGGUCAUGCUGGUGUGCUAUGGCUUCAUCUUCCGCGUGGCCAGGGUCAAGGCACGCAAGGUGCACUGUGGCACCGUGGUCCUUGUGGAGGAGGACGCGCACAGGAACGGGAGGAAGAACUCCAGCACCUCCACCUCUUCCUCAGGCAGUAGGAAGAACGCCUUUCAGGGCGUGGUCUAUUCGGCCAACCAGUGCAAAGCACUCAUCACCAUCCUGGUGGUCAUUGGUGCCUUCAUGGUCACUUGGGGCCCCUACAUGGUCGUCAUCACCUCUGAGGCCCUCUGGGGGAAGAACUAUGUCUCCCCAACUCUGGAGACCUGGGCCACUUGGCUGUCCUUUACCAGUGCCAUCUGCCACCCCCUGAUCUAUGGACUCUGGAACAAGACGGUUCGCAAGGAACUACUGGGCAUGUGCUUUGGGGAUCGGUAUUACCGGGAACCGUUUGUGCAGCGGCAGAGGACUUCCAGGCUCUUCAGUAUUUCUAACAGGAUCACAGACCUGGGCCUCUCCCCACACCUCACGGCACUCAUGGCAGGCGGGCAGCCCCUGGGGAACAGCAGCAGCACGGGGGACACCGGCUUCAGCUGCUCUCAGGACUCAGGCCCGAGUCCCUCCUGUGACUUGAAGGACAGGAGGGUCUCUGUCUCUCCUCGGGCUCUCUCCCUCUUCUCAGACAACCAGCAGGAAUCCAGAGGCAGAGUGACAUUCAUUCAUUUAACAGGAACGGAUGUCAUGCUGCUCGAAGACUUCACGUCUGAUGACAACCCUCCCUCCCACAUUUGCCCACCCAAGAGGAGGAGCUCAGUGACGUUCGAAGAUGAAGUGGAACAAAUCAAAGAAGCUGCCAAGAACCCUAUUCUUCACGUGAAAGCCGAAGUGCACAAGUCCUUGGACAGUUACGCAGCCAGCUUGGCCAAAGCCAUAGAGGCUGAAGCCAAAGUCAACUUAUUUGGGGAGGAGGCUUUGCCUGGGGUCUUGCUUGCAGCACGGACCGUCCCCGGGGUUGGCUUUGGGAGCCGCCGAGGCAGCAGAACUCUUGCGAGUCAGAGGCUGCAGCUGCAGAGCAUCGAAGAGGGGAAUGUUUUAGCUGCGGAGCAGACGUGAGGGUGGAUGCCCGUUACCAUCUGUGCCGGGGCCCGGGAGCAACACUGGUGUGCAGCCAUCAGAAAAAACACUGAAAA